GAUCUUGAAUUGGAGCAUGAAGGAGCAGCUCCAGGGUCCACCUCACAGCCAGUUAGACGAAACAUUUCUUUAAAACUGAAAGCAAAGAGCAAGUCAGCAAGCUCAUUGUCAUCUGGGAAAAGCAAGAAAAAGGAAGGAAAAAGUGGAGAAAAGUCGAGGACAGGAUCUGAAGGUAAAGAAGCCAAUAAUUUUCUUUCAACGCUGUACAUUGUAUGUCUGGUUUUAAGCCUUGCUGUCAUGUUGUUUCCUUAGACAAGAAACGUUAGUCCACUUUGUCUCUUCACCCAGGUGUAUAAAUGGGUACCUGAGGCAUGCUUUGUGAAGGUUGUUGAGAGACACACACUCUUGAGCAUCUCUGUCAAUAAGAGCCUGAGACAGUGGAUUCCCUUUGGCUACUAUGAGCAUGACCCCUGGCUUCUUUCAUAAGAAAAUGGAAUAUAGAAUAUAGAACCAAUACAGUGUUUGAAAAAUCUUGAAGUCCAGGUUGUCCUUGGGGCAAGCAGCUCUCAUAUUUUGCUUGGUUAGAGCCGCCUCUUCCAUGUCUUAGUUAAUGAUUUUAUUAGAGGAUCAGUUGUUUUUACCUGGGUAAGUGAGCCUUAAAAGUUACUUGUCCAGCAAGAAAAUCCACCUGACCUGGACUACUGGAUGGGACUUGUUUUGAGCCCUGCAACAGAAAUUUGUUGCUGUUCAUUUCCCUGCCUACAUAGGAAAAACAACUUGAAAUCUGAGCAACAGCCCUGCUUGAGGAAAUAAGCAACAUUGACAAGUUUUUCAUUUUUCUGUGAAUGUUUGUUUAUUCAAAAGAGACAAUCAAUAUUACAGUGGAACCUCGAUAUAAUUAAACUCUGUAUAACAAAGUCUGGUGUAACGAACGAUUUUCUUUACCCCAGUCAUGGUAAGAUAUGAAAAAGAACCUCGAUAUAACGAAACCUCGUCGAUAUGGCAAACACAUUUUGGUAGUCGUCUGGCCCUUCGUUAAAGCGAGGUUCCACUGUACAGAUGUUUCUAGAACCUUCUGGAAAAACCUAAUUGGAAAAACAGGUUUUUCAAGAAUGGUCUUUUUGUUGUUACAUCUUACCUGUUUUCACCCUUUUGUCACUAACUGAUCUGUCACGGAGUUCUCUUGUAUUUGGGCUCAUAAAUAAAUUUCAAGUUGUUUUUGAAAACUUCCAAAGCUCUGGUAAAUUUAUUAAGUUGAAUGGCAACAAGGGUGUCCCUGUGAUGAGCACGUAUCCCAUCCAGAGAGGUUAGCCAUACUCCUACAGAGUAGAUUCCUCAUGCUACAGAAAUUAGGUUAAGCUCUGGAUGUUUGGGCCUCAAGAUGUAGGUCUGCCUCUGCCUGCUUUUGUGUAGAGUUACACUGCUCUAUUGGAUGUUAAUUCUUGCCUUCAGUUGUUCUGUAAUUUAGUGUGUACUGUAAGUGACAAAAUUCUAUCCUUUCAGUAAAAUUUCUUAUAUUGUUUUUAAAGAAUUUGUUAUUCAUGUGUAUCAUCUGCUAUACAACUAUGAUUUUUUGUAAUGAAAUAGAAAAAGAGUUGUUUAUUUGUACACAAAUCCUAGUCAAAAUUUUUUGAUUAUUUAUUUUUUUCUGGAUUUGUGUAAAAGUUGUUCAGGUAGAGGUCAUAGAGUAUAGUUAGGUUGUAAUGACAGGUUGUGCAGUUUUCAGAUGAUAAGAUUCAAGUAAAAUCGAGUAAACUGCAUAUGCAACAUUUCACUAGAUUGUUAAAAGUCCUCUUAGCUGCAAGAUUAUACUUUUUGAAACCCUGUAUAGUUAUUGCCAAGGAGCUGUGAGGCGAGAGCAUAAUAAAGCCCUGUGCAAAAGUUCCAAGGCAUAAUGAAUCUCGAAGUGAUGUAACAUCGGUCAUGUUGAAACGCAGACCAUGCAGACUGCAGAAUGCAGACUGCAGACCGUGCAGACUGUGCAGACUGAGUGUUAUUUUUUUACUUGUACUUUAAUUUUCUAGUAAAAUUUUUACUAUAAUUUCCUGCUUCCUCUCAUUAUGUGCACUGAUGUGUACCUGCAAGGGUCAUGGGUAGGAAAUGAGAAAAUCACUGGCUCAUGUUUACCGGCUGAUAGAAAAGCAGUUUCGCGUGCUUUUAGCUGUGCCUCUUUCACGCAGGAGCGAGCACAAUGGAGGAAGGUAAGCUGUUUUUUUCUGUAACUGUAUUAUAUUGCCACAAUUAUUUAUUUUUUCAGUUAUGCUGUAGAAGAAGCUUUUUCCGGUUAAGUGACUUAAAAUAAAACCCUUUUCGGCUUCCUACAAUGGCUACGAGAGAGACAUUUCCUCAAUUUCCUUGAUUGUUGAUGAUCGUCUUUGGUUUCACUCUGUAAUUCAAACCGGUGACUUGCGGUCAAUUCUUCAAAUCUUACAGAUACCAAUGUCAUCAUUGUUAGCUCAGGAUAUCAAACUGAGACGUUUGAGAGAUGGGCCUUGCUUUAAAAUGUGUAAAUAAAUCAACGGUAUAUCUACCUAAAAAUAAAUAUAAUUCUGAUUUUGACGUGUUUGGCGGUUCCAUAAGUGUCAGAAUUAAGAGAAGAAGGGCAGCGACUUGAAACUUCUCACACAUAAUAUUCAAUGAAAAUUAAGACAAAAUAAACCUAAAAUACGUGGCGGGGGAUCUAGUUCAAUGCGCAUUAAAACCCCCUCCACAUCCUCGAGUUGUACAAAUAAUACAUUCGUUACUAAUGAACUAUUUAGUUUUGGAGCUGCAUAAACAAGAACCAUGAUACUCAAACAAGAUUGUCGGUUUCAAACCACUAGCUACCACUUAUUGGCAUGAAUGCAUGGAGCAAAUACAAUUGUCGAUCCCCGAGUGAAAACCCGCCCAGAAGGACACUCUUGAGAGUCGAAUAAAAAAAUACAUAAACAAAAGUCUUACCUGAAUCUUCUGAGCUACAACCAGUUGCAAAAGUACUUGAGACACUUGAAGCCCGAGUGUGGCGAGGCAUCGGAUAAUGAAAAUUCAUGCGCGUAUUUCAGUAACAUAGUUCUGUACUUGGUAAGGAAAUUUAUUUCUUAGCAAAAAGGAAGACACUAUCCCCAAGAAAAGCAAUUUUCCAGCACAGCAAUGUCAGGAAUUUACGUGCUUCAACAGUCUGCAUGGUCUACCAUCAUAUGAGAUAAAUGUAAUAAUAUAUUCUAUUUCUUACUUGCAGAAUGGUAGACCGUGAAUGAUGGUAGACCGUCAGAAAAUAGAAAGUAACAUAGCACACAACUUUUUCUGCUCUCUAGCUCUAACGGACUUUAAUAACCAUCUUAUUUUCACCAUAGUAGAUGAAAAAGACUGAACGGUUUUACUUUAACAGCAAUGUUGAAAAAUAAGUCACGCGGUAUACCGAUUACAUAACGCCAUUGCAUAUCAAAUGUCAUUGCGUUACAGAUACAGGGGUGAAAAUGAAGGUUUGGCAGCUUUAUUCGCAACUAUAGUAUCUCUAAAUACCAAGAAAAGGAAAAUUAUGCUGUUAUUAUAUGCAUUCGCACUUCUCAGAGUUUAAUUACAACGCCAAAACUUUAAGCUAUGUCAUGGUAGAUAAUGGCGCAUGCGUUACAACAAAACUGAGGCAAAAUAAUUACAAGUCACUACAUUCUUAAGCACUUUUUUAGGCAGUUUGCUAUCAAUAACAAUGAUGUAUCGGCUAGGAAAAGCAACACAAAGUGCCAUUCUAUUUAUUUAUGUCGUUAUAGUCUUCGUUUUGGGAAUUUAAGACGUGGAAAUCGCUUGUUGAAGUAAACCUUAAAUGAGACAACCAGUUGCAAAAGUACUUGAGACACUGUACCAUAUUUUGGCAUAAAUGGCCUGUCCAUGAUCUUGUGCUUGUGAUCCGCCCUCCACCCCUUAUCAAAGUUGCUAGCAAUACAAGACCAUACUCAAAACUUGGAGGAACAACUUUGAAUGGGAGGGAGGAGGGAGGAGGGAGGUCAGUAUUAUAUUUUACAGACAAAUGACGGCAAGUCACUGGUUUGAAUUACAGAGUGAAACCAAAGACGAUCAUCAACAAUCAAGGAAAUUGAGGAAAUGUCUCUCUCGUAGCCGUUGUAGGAAGCUGAAAAGGGUUUUAUUUUAAGUCACUUAACUGGAAAAAGCUUCCUCUACUAAAAAAAUUGAAAUAAUCAUGGCAAUAUAAUACAGUUACAGGAAGAAACAGCUUACCUUCCUCCAUCGUGCUCGCUCCUUCGGGAAACUAUAGUAAAAAUUUUUUACUAGAAAAUUAAGGUACAAGAAGAAAAAAAAUCACACUCAGUCUGCACAGUCUGCAGUCUACAUGGUCUGCGUUUCAACAUGAGCGAUGUAACAUAGUAGUGUAAGGUAACUUCUAUGGUGUAAUGCAGAAGAGAGAAUGCAUUGUUUCUGAGCAAACAUGUGCGCAGAAUAAUGCAUGAGUGCAUUCCAUGACAGUAAAUGAUGGACACAUGACUAACCUGCAGCAUGCAUUCUCAUAAGUUAUGGUAAUUCAUAACAUUUCUAAACAAAUUGAACGGGGUGUAUGUAUAAGUAAAAUCGUUGCUUGUUGGUGCUUAGUGAUAGCUACAUGUAUAACAAGUUUUAUUCUUAUGUGUUUGUCAUAUCUAUUAGGUGAUAAGAAAAGUAAAAGGAAACAAAAGUCCCCCGGAACAGCUGCAGCAGCUCAAGUGGUUGUCAUGCGAGAACUCCAGUGGGAUCAUCAAGUAUGUGCUAUUAAUUUUAUGAUUUCUGCUCAUUCAGCCCCAGUCACUUAGCCCCUAUUUGCAGGGUGCAAAGAAAGUCAGUUUUACAGCCUGCCAUUCGAGAAAGCUGUAGCAAGCAUUAAUUUACUAGCCCAAAAGUCAUUUCAGGUAGCCCCAUAACCCUUUUUGAUUAGCAGGAUUGAUUACAAUCCUUCUGUAAUUUGAAUUUUUUCCAAAGCACAGCACUUGCCCGUCGGGCAAGUUAACAAAAUUCACUAGCACGAUGCGAUAGCAAAAUCCACUAGCCCUAGGAUAUCGGACUUGACUUUCUUUGCACACUGUAUUUGUAAGUCAUGAUCAUUCACCGUAACUAACCUAAUAAAAGUUCACUUCCGCAUAAACACCCCCUCAACGCUGUUGAAAUUUCAUUCGAUGCCCCGUCUAAUUCUUGGUUUGCACGUGACGUCACUAAAAAUCAAACUAAGAAACUAUCGAUUCUUCUGAGUUGCUACUUUCAUGAGGUAUUACAGCACCUAACUCCUUUAUAUAAACAAAUAUUUGGUUCCAAAGGGUUCUUGAAUUUCCAGGCUUUUGCGUGACAUGGCAUUAAGCUGAUGGCCAGGAGAGCUCUUAUGUGGGUUAAAAACAUUACCAAUUUUGGGAGAUUUUGCUAUCUAAAGAUUCCUUGUCUCAGAAUAAAUAUUACUUUAAUCUUUAUGAGUUCCUCCACCGAAGAAUUCACACAUUAGAAAGAAAACUCAAAAACAGAUGUUUCUGUUGGUAUCCGGCGGCCAUAUUGGUGUCCCUGAAAGGGACUCCAACAUGGCAUUUCCAUACAAAGCUUUAUAAAUUUAGGUAAAUCGUUUUUCCGAAUAUCUCACAUUUGAAAUAUUGCACAGACCUGAUUUUUGGCAAGACGUUUUGUAUAUUUAUCUUCUUUUAUUUCCCAGAUUCUAGAUGUUAUGUAUUGAAUGGUUUGCAAACCGAGAAUAGGUAGACGGCUCCCCAUGAGAAUUACUCCAAAAUACUAGGAAUUAGCGAAAAGGUGCAAAAUCAUUCAAUUCAUUCAGUUUCUUGCUUGAUUGACAAGGGUAAAUGCAUACUUCAUCGUGUUCAAUGUCAAGUUAAAAAUGAGGAUAGACUAAUGAUGGCUACACAAUAACAACGAAUGUGGAUUCUAACAUCGAUGUUGGGAUUUGAAAAAGAGCGAUAUGGAUCUCUAGACAGCCGAGACGUAUCAAUUGAUGGAGUGGAUAUAUCACUAUUUUUAAACUCUCUUGAUAUUUUUGCCAAAAGAAAGUUUCAUUGAGCUUGUUGCAGUAAUGAGAAUAAAUGCCUCCUAUCUAUUAAUCGUCCCCACUUGGACCCCUAGAGUUAACUAGAUACCUUGGGCAUUUAUUAGGUCGUUUACAGAAGCCCCCCAAAUUAAGUCAUUAAUUUUUUAUUAUUUUAGCCCCAUACAUGUAGAUGAGAUAACUUUGGCUCUUACGUUUCUGUUAUCAUAUCAGUUUGUUAUUCAAACAAGACAUUUAGGUUUCAAAGAAGUUUAGCUUAUCCUCCUGUCUUCUUCACAGAUUUUGCCUAUUGGGCAAAAAGUGCAAGAUCCACUUUGUGAAAAGUGCUCCUUCCCAAUCCUUGUUUAUGGCUGACUGGUAUGUAUAACAAGACAGCAGUUACUUAUGUACUCCUUUACCAGCGUGCAAAGAAAGUCGUGUCCGAUAGCCCGGUGACCUGACUAGUGGAUUUUAAUAUUGUUAUCGGGCUAGUGAAUUUUGUUCUCAAUUUACCCUAUUGGCAAAUGAAUUUCUUUUAGGAAAUUCACAUUACAGAAGAACUGUAAUCAAUCCUGCUCAUGAAAAAUUUUUUUCGGGCUAAUUAAAAUGACACUUGUAUAGCAAUUCAAAAUAAUCGAAAAUGAUGAUUUUUCCUUGUCUUGUUGUGCAAUGUCUUUUAGGUCUCAUCAUGUUUGGAAGGGAGUUAAAUUUGACAAGUUUUGUCCCAGAAGUUGGGGUUCAAGAAUGUAUGAAAGAACAUGGGAAAGAUCCACUAUGGAAAAUCAAGUAUGCAGAACAUUUU